GAUUCGUCAGUUUUCCUUCAAUUUUUCCAAGUCUCUUUCGGUGACGUUUCUUCUUAAAUAUAUAUUUGUAUAGGUGGGUCUAAUCUCCAUUAUUUACACAGUUUUUAGCGAUUAGAUUAACCAUUAUGCAACUACUACAAAGUGAGUGAAAAUGUGUUGACUACUUAGCUCAAUUUUCUUGUUCACUUUGAUUGAUUGGCUCCGUUAUUUUUAUAAACAGUCCUUAACGAUGUGUUUUUAUAAGUGAAAAAGUCCCUUGCGCAAACACACUAUUGCCUUUUAUUUUAUUUAAAUUUAGAUAUAGUGGAUCUUAUCGUAUGUUUACACAAUUUUAACCGUUAUGUAAUUGCGACAAAUUUUCGAUUUGAAUACAAAAAUUUUGGAAAUUACUAGGGCACUUAUACAAACUUUUAAUGGAGUACGAGGGUCUGAUCACCCGCUUGAUAUUUUAAGAGAACGUCUGUUUUCAAAUUUAACCAAUAUCAUUCCGCAAAUUGAAGAAAUAAACAUGAGAAAUGACACUGGUAAACAUGAAAGUAUGGCUAACAGAAUAUCCGAAAAUAUGCCUACUGCUGACACUUUAAAAUUGACUUUGUACUAUAUAAACCAGCAACAAAUUUAUAUAAACAUGUAUUACUGUGAGAUGGAGAAAUAUGUUAAAAAUUUUGAGGACUAUGAAUUUGCAACGUUGUUAAAUGUUGCCAAUCGAGUCUUGUCUGAUACGUCUAAUUCUGUCCCUUCCAUGAUAGAAGCUAUAUAUCAGCAAGUAGUAACACAAGAUAUUUUAAAAAAACUUUUAAAACGUCUUGACAGGACAACAAUACGUGGUUAUUUUUGUGAAGAAAAACAAUCAGUUGGGCAGAUCUUACACAAUUUUAUGAAUGAAAUUCUUGUGAUGAAUGUGAAGAGUUACAUUCUGAUACAAACAGCUUACAUGUUGCAGAGAUUAUACAAGAACGGAAACUAUCAAAAAGAAAGCGAAGACGCCAAUCAAGAAUUUUGGGCACGCAGUAAGAAUAUAGUAUCAACCAUGAGGACUUAUAUGGUAAAUGCAUCUUUAGAACUGUGGAGAUGUGAUCCUAAAGAACACGAGAAAGAUGAAACUUAUCUUGAAAUCACAAACUUCCUCCACGGAAUUAUUUUAAACAAAGUAAAUUUAGAUCCAAACGGAGGAUGUAGGGAGGAAUGCGACGUUUUUACCUACACUACAAAUUAUCAGUGUCAUAAUAAUAAGUGGUGUAAGCAACAAACACGGUGUCCAAAAAUCAUCAAGUGUCACUACAUCGAUUCCUCGAUCGAAGUUUGUACUUCCGGAAGCAUGCUUAAAACCAACAGAAGAUACGAUUACAUCAAAUUUGGAAACGGAAGACAUUUUGGAAAAAGCAUGACUUGCAGCAAAUCGAGAACAACUCACUUGGAAACUUACCGACGCUGGUUGUUCUAUAAAUGCUCCUACUGUUACUGUCUCUGUGAAGAAGGGCCAAAAUUCUUUUCCGAGAGAUACAUUAAUAUGCGUAUGGUCAUGUCAAACAUUACUGACAACAAAGUUGUGACAGGUUUGCGCUUUGUUAAAAUCCACCAAGUCAUUCAUCUACAAAUACAAGAAGGAAGAAUUCUCCCACAUGGACAGAUUAACAUUGACAGCGUUCGGUGGAUACCAGUUGAAGAUUACAAAGUCACUAAUAAAACCUAUGAGGAUGUUUUCGAUUUGAAUACAAAAAUUUUGGAAAUUACUAGGGCACUUAUACAAACUUUUAAUGGAGUACGACGGUCUGAUCACCCGCUUGAUUUUUUAAAAGAACGUCUGUUUUCGAAUUUAACCAAUAUCAUUCCGCAAAUUGAAGAAAUAAACAUGAGAAAUGACACUAGUAAACAUGAAAGUAUGGCCAACAGAAUAUCCGAAAAUAUACCUACUGCUGACACGUUAAAGUUGACUUUGUACUAUAUAAUCCAGCAACAAAUUCAUAUAAACAUGUAUUACCGUGAGAUGGAGAAAUAUGUUAAAAAUUUUCACGACUAUGAAUUUGCAACGUUGUUAAAUUUUGCCAAUCGAGUCUUGUCUGAUACGUCUAAUUCUGUCCCUUACACGAUGGAAUCUAUAUAUCAGCAAGUAGUAACACAAGAUAUUUUAAAACGUCUUGUUAGGACAAUAAUACGUGGUUAUUUUUGUGAAGAAAAACAAUCAGUUGGGCAGAUCUUACACAAUUUUAUGAAUGAAAUUCUUGUGAUAAAUGUGAAGAGUUACAUUCUGAUACAAACAGCUUACAUGUUGCAGAGAUUGUACAAAAACGGGAACUAUCAAAAAGAAAGCGAAAACGCCAACCAAGAAUUUUGGGCAGGCAGUAAGAAUAUAGUAUCAAUCAUGAAGACUUAUAUGGCAAAUGCAUCUUUAGAACUGUGGAGAUGUGAUCCUAAAGAACACGAGAAAGAUGAAACUUAUCUUGAAAUCACAAACUUCCUCCACGGAAUUAUUUUAAACAAAGUAAAUUUAGAUCCAAACGGAGGAUGUAGUGAGGAAUGCGACGUUUUUACCUACACUACAAAUUAUCAGUGUCAUAAUAAUAAGUGGUGUAAGCAACAAACACGGUGUCCAAAAAUCACCAAGUGUCACUACAUCGAUUCCUCGAUCGAAGUUUGUACUUCCGGAAGCAUGCUUAAAACCAACAGAAGAUACGAUUACGUCAAAUUUGGAAACGGAAGAUAUUUUGGAAAAAGCAUGACUUGCAGCAAAUCGAGAACAACUUACUUGGAAAUUUACCGAAACUGGUUGAUCUUUAAAUGCUCCUACUGUUACUGUCUCUGUGAAGAAGGGCCAAAAUUCUUUUCCGAGAGAUACAUUAAUAUGCGUUUGGUUAAGUCAAAUAUUACUGAUAACAAAGUUGUGACCGGUUUGCGCUUUGUCAAAACCCACGGAAUCAUUCAUCUGCAAAUACAAGAGGGGAGAAUUCUCCCACAUGGACAGAUUAACAUUGACAGCGUUCGGUGGAUACCAGUUGAAGAUUAUAAUGUCACUAAUAAAACCUAUGAGGAUGAUAAGGAUUAUUAUACUCUUAAAUGGGAACAAAGAGAAUUCGAUUUGGUUGACAUAUUUGCUAAAGAGGGAAGCGUUGUCACUGGAGUUGCGUUUGAAAAAUUUAAUGGUCGACUGCACUUGAAUGUAUUAACAAAUCCAUACAAUUUCAAAACCGGGAGCCUGGGGCUAAAUACCACUUUACAACGUGAUCCUGUUCUUCAUUAUAAGCACAAAUUUCCCAAAGAAUUGAAGCUUGACAGGGCCGAUGUUCCGAUUCGUUCAGAAGCUCACUCGAAUAAAUUUACUACGAACAAAUAUGUAAAAUUUACAAACACAGGAUACGAGCAAGAUGCUGGUCAAACGACGGUACCAUUUUUUGAUGCUCAACCUGUCGAAUCAGCUAUACCGGUUCCGUUAAGUGGAAUUGGGGUUUUCUACAAGGGAAUAUCCGGUUUUGGAGGAUUUAUUGCACCCAGAAUUUUCACUUAUAAUUUUGCGAAACAUCUGGAAAUGGUGAUCAACCAGAAUAGUAAAAACGAUAAAUUGUGAAAUAUUUACACCGUUCCGUUCGGAAGAUAAAGUAGACUAAUAUGUAGCAAUGCUUUUAAAUUAGAUAUUUACGAUAUGUGUAUCGUAAUGUGGAAUUUUACGAUACGCGAUGGAAAAAUUGUCCAACGAGCCGAAGGCGAGUUGGAUAAUCCAUCAAGUAUCGUAAAGAAACAUUACGAUACAAAUAUUGUACAACGUUUUAUCUACUUUCAAUAAUUUUCAUAAUACACUCACCGGCAAAAAAAUCGAAUCAUUAGUAUUUUUGUAGAAAUCUUCAAUAAAUUCUGGUGUGCGUCACAUUUAUCAGACAAAUUAGUUUAUCUACGACAAAGGAGAUGAGAAGGUAACGGGACCUUCGCUGAAGUUGCAACAAUUACGAGUUUAUUAAAAAAUACCAGAAAAUCCAUUACAUUAAACCAACAAAAGAUUGCUUAACAUAUCAUUAAUAACGACUGUUGCCGCCUCUAGCUUGCAUUAGGGUUGCCAUACGUCUUCCCAUGCCUUCUAUGAGGUGUCUAAUCUCAGCCUGGGCUAAUUGGUCAAAUUCUUCAACUAGCGCAUUUGCAAGAUCUCUUAUGUGUUGUAUGGCCGGCACACGUGCUCUGAUACGUCUACCUAACAUGCUCAAUUGGAUUCAGGUCGGGACUGCGUGCUGGUCAUUCCAUACGUGAAAUCCCGAAUUCGUCGAGGUAGGUUUGUACAACUCUAGCGAUAUGUGGUCUAGCAUUAUCAUGCAUUAGAAUAAAAUUAUCGCCAAUAAAAGGAGCAAAAGGUACGACAUGCUCUUGAAGAAUAUUUGCUACAUAUCGAUCAGCAUUCAUUGUGCCUCUAUCCACCACUACAAGUUCCGUGCGAACCUCGGCAGAAAUUCCUGCCCAGACCAUCACUGAACCUCCAUGAAAACUUAGUCUGGAAACAAUAUUGCACUGAGCCUACCUUUCGCCUCUUCUUCGCCAUACUCUUUGACGGCCGUCAGGAGAACGUAGACAAAAACGCGACUCAUCUGUAAAGAGUACUUGGCCCCAUUGGGCAAGAUCCGAGUUAACGUGUUCUCGAGCAAAUGCAAGUCGGGCUACUCUGUGUCGUGGGAGAAGUUCUGGGCCACUUGCAGGUCUAUGGGCCUUCAAUUCAGCUGCAGUUAACCUUUUUCUUGCAGUUCUUUCACUUACACUAACUCCUCGUGUUUAUUCAAGUUGAUUUCUGGCCUCAACUGCGGUCGUAUCUCUAUUACGGAGCACGGUCAGCGUCAUCCCGAGCCGAUGUUUUCUUUGGACGACCCGAAUCAGGUCUUCGGCUGUAUGAUCCAGUCUCAUUAAACCGUCGUACAGUUCUGUGAAUGCUCACUUGUGAUACCCCUAACGUAUUGGCAACGUACCGUUAACUUCGACCAUCCUGAAUAACAGCAAUUGCUCGUGCUGCAUUAAUGGCCACAAUACUCAUGUUAAUUGACAAAAACACAGUUUUCAUCAAAUCACAAUGACAAACCGUCUGUUAAUGCCCUCUAAACGUCACAACUGCAAAUCUCAUUGUUGGAAAAAACUUAUCAUCUUCAGAUUUGAGGUUCACAUCAUGUACAAAAAAGAACCAAAAACCUAGUGUUAGUAUAUUUUGUGUGAUUUUUUCAAAACUGAUAUUGACUGUAGCCAAAUGUUUAAGAAAGGAACCAUUUUCAAUACAAACUUUGGGUGAUUCGCUUUUUUUGCCGGUGAGUGUAAUUAACACAGAUAUUUUUGUAAUUUUUUAAAUUGUGUUUAUGGAGAAAAAAUAAGGCGGCUAAAUUAGUAACCCUAGUUACUGAUUUGUUUACGUUUUUCACAAGCGUUCAGUGAAAGCAAUUUAUGUGCAAAAAUUAGUGAUUCAGAGGAUAAUUUGCCUUCUGAUAUUGAAGUGGCUGCUCAAUCUGCUAUCUGCUAUCGAUACGUUAGUUCCUGGUAAAUCUAAAGAACGUUACGAGAUAGCGUACAAAUAUUUUGAUGAAUGGUUGGAAGUUAAGAAAAUUGGUGACGUUUCUGAACAAGGUGAUGCAUUCCUAUUUUGCUGAACAAGCAGAGAAGUUAAAACCAUCCUCCUUAUGGUGACGAUAUACCAUGUUGCGAACUUUGGUGUUGAUUACCAAGAAUAUUGAUAUUACUGAAUAUCAUCAGGUUGUGGCUUUCUUCUCGGAAAUCAGAAGGUUACCGACCCAGAAAAUCGUUUAUUUUUUCCAAAGAAGAGAUAAAUCAAUUUAUUAAGAAAAUGAAUGAUAAGGAUUUCUUAUUUAUGAAGGUUGUUUUAAUAGUCGGAGUGUUUGGUGCUUGUCGACACGAGGAGAUGACAAAUUUGACGACACGAGACGUUAGAGCCGAAAAAGAAUUUAUCAAGAUCACCUUACUGAAUUCAAAAACUAAAAUUAUGUGGAAUUUGCUAUAAGGAGAGGAAAUUUUCAGGGAAUAAUUAACAUGUUGCUUGGUCAUAGAGGCUGGAAGUCGGAUAGCAUGGCAGAAGGAUAUGUUGAAAUAUCUGUCGAAAAUAAGAAAAUAAUUGCUACGAAAAUAAUGGGUUCUUCAGUUACCGUGGGUUCAACAAAUUAGGUCACGGUGGAGAAGCCCAGCUUCAACAUAGGAACAGCGUCUGGAGUUAACUUUAUAAAUGUUUCAAACUGUGUAAUUUAUGUUAAUAAAUGGUUUUGCAACUUUC